AUGGCGGGACCGGGGGCCGGUGCCCUCCUGAGCCGUUGGGUCAGGCGGCGACCCGCCUGCGCCUGCAGCCUUCUGGCCGCGCUCUGCUAUCUCAACACGCUCAGGGCUGGUUUUGUCUACGAUGACACGCGCGCAAUUUUGACCAACGGUGACGUGCGCUCCUCCACUCCUCUCACCGCCCUGCUGCAACACGACUUUUGGGGCACGCCGCUCAGCCACGGCGGCUCUCACGGCUCGUACCGGCCGCUCACCGUGCUCACCUUCCGGCUGAACCAUGCGCUGGCCGGGCUGCGGCCGGCGCUGUACCACACCACCAACGUGGCGCUGCACGCCGUCUGCAGCGGCCUGGUGGAGGCGGUGGCCGGACUGGUGGGGCGGGCCGACCUGCUGGCGCUGCUCUUCACGCUGUGCUCGCUGCUCAGCUACGCGCGGCAGGCCAAGGAGCAGGGCAUCGCAGCGCUGCCGCUCUGCCUCCUGUACGACGUGUUCGUGCACAGCAGGACGAGCAUGUCGGCCCUACUCACGCCGCAGCGCCAGGACAAGCGGCUGCUCCGGCUGCAGCAGAGCUGCGCCCUCGUCUCGCUGGCGUGUGCUGCGCUUCUCUCCGCCCGCCUCAGCGUGCUGGGCGGUGGCGGCGCGCUGAGCAGCGCCCUCACGCUGAUCCACCUGCCGGCGGUGAGCGUCGGCUUGCUGCUGCUGCCGCACCAUCUGAGCUUCGACUGGUCCGACAGCGCGCUGCCGCCGCUGCUGGGGCCGGCCGACCCGCGCAACGCCGCCUCGGCUGCGCUCCUCCUCGGCCUGGCCGCGCUCCUGUUCGCGGCGUGCCGCGCGCCCGCCGAGACGGCGACCAACAACAAUAACAACGGCAGCAGCAGCAGUAGCAAGCCAUCCAGACCUGGCGGGCACAGCGGGCCUGGUCGGCCGGGCCUGCUCUUCGCGCUGUGCUUCUCCUUGCUGACGUUUCUCCCGGCCAGCAACCUGCUCUUCUACGUGGGCUUUCUGGUAGCGGAGCGGGUGCUCUACGCGCCCUCCGUUGGGUUCUGCCUACUGGUGGGGCGCGGUCUGUCGCUGCUGGAGGCGCGCUGGCGCCGGCUGGGCCCGGCGCUUAGCGCGCUUCUGCUGGCGGUGCUGGCCGCCCGCACCCUGCUGAGGAACGAGGACUGGCGGGACGAGCAGGCCCUCUACACAGCCGGCGUGCCGUACUCGCCCGCCAAAGCUCUGGGAAACCUGGCCACCAUAAUGGCAGACCGCGGCCGCCUGGAGGAGGCCGAGCGGGCGUACAGAGCAGCACUGGCCGUCAGAUACAACAUGGCCGACGUUCACUACAACCUAGGCAACCUUUUGUAUUCUCAAGGAAAAUACGCCGAGUCGACACAGUCAUACCAGAAGGCUGUUGGAUUCCGCCGACAAUUUGCUCAAGCCUACCUCAAUUUGGCACACGCUCAUAUAAAACUAGGACAAUCUGAAGCAGCACGCCGAGUGCUGCUGGCCUGUCGUGAUCUGAAUGGGUCAAGAAUUCGCGACCCGAGAUCACAUACGUCGGCUCGAGUCAGCUGCUUGGUGGAACUGGGUCGACUAUUCGCUGAAAAGGAAAACGACCCACCUCAAGCUUUAACCCAGUAUCAGCAGGCCCUGGAGCUAGCUUCGGAGCACUACCAUAAAGAGACCAUCUAUAAUCUGAUCGGAGAGGCGCAGUACCGGCUCUCCAACUACGACGAGGCCGAGGCGUGGUUCAGAAGGGCGCUCGAGAUUCAGCCAGGCAUGGUGCACGCGCACAUAUUCUACGGAAAAAUGCUGGCGAAAAACAAAACCCGUAUGGACGAGGCGGAAGGCUGGUUUCAUCGGGCUCGCACCACCGCUCCGUUCAACUACGUCGUAUAUCUCCACUAUGGUCAGUUUCUGUACGACGCGGGUCGAUUGCAAGAGGCGGCCGAAGUGUACCUGCGGGGCGUGGAACUGGCUCCCUCAGAGUACGACCUGACUUUCAACUUGGCCAACGUCUACCGGGAGUUGAGUCAGUACGAACGGGCAGAAUUCUACUACCGGCGGGCGACACACAUACGACCCGAGGACGUGCACAGCCACCGGAAUCUGGGCGCCAUCCUGCACCUGAACGGCAAGCUGCAGGAGGCCGAGGCAGCCUAUCUGACCGCUCUCGGCCUCAGCCCCGGUGAUCACGUGACCGAGGUCAACCUGGCGCGGCUGUACAACAUUAUGGAGCGGAGGGGCCGCGGGCAGCGCGCCGCCGACGGCAAGUGAUAAGGGAGGCGUCUGCGGGCGGCGGGUCGAUGGCCGGUGCAGGCGCGCGGCCGCCGAGACGUUCGGGCGACGUUCCGCUUUGCUUUGUGAGGUAGCCAUGGUUUUGAGGCAGGACCUCGCGCUCCUGGCUGGGCGAUUCUGGCUGAUGUGUAUCAGGAAGGGCUUCACGUUGAUCUGAGAGCUCCGGUGAUCUCAGUGGUGCCGAGACGGUCAGACGAAUCUCACAAGUAUGCUGUUGAAUGCGUGCAAAGGCCGAUCAGGGGGUGUUGGUGUUGACAUGCUACACAUGCCUGAUGUGAUGCGAAGAAUGGUGGAUACCUAUUUUAACAACGUGUUGCUCCGAGUAUCUCGUCCCAGUCUACCAUGUCUGGCGACGAACUUGUUCAUUAAUUGUUCAUCGUUGACCACGUAAUACACAGCAAAAACAUGCA